AUGGCCGGCCUUGAGGUGAACGGGGAGGACCAUCGGCUAGGGUCUGAUAUUUCGAAAGUGAACGAUCCGUGGCUGAAAGACGUCCCAUUGUUGGAAGUUUAUCCGAAUUUGUUUAGGCUGGAGGUUGUCAAAAACUGCUCGGUUAAGGACCGGUUAUCCGGUGAUUGGUUGUGGAAGCAUGAUCCGUCGUUGGAGGGAGAAGUCGCUGAGCUGAUCGAUCUAAUUGCUGAGGUUGAGGCUGUCUCGUUACGGGAAAGGAAGGACGAAUGGAAAUGGCUCCCUAGCAGCUCAGGAUCUUUCUCGGUUCAGUCCGUGAAGGAGCUUCUCGAUUCUGCGGACGACGGCGGGAACAGGUAUGUUUUCGAGUGGUGCGGUUGGGUUCCGAUUAAAUGCAAUGUUUUUGCAUGGAGGGUGGGUUUGAACCGGAUUCCCACAGCUGAUGCUUUGCGGACAAGAGGUGUUCAAGUUGGUAACGGGUCUUGCCCGUUAUGCAAUUCGGGUGAUGAAACUGUGGAUCACUUAUUUACUUCUUGUGUUGUGGCGAGUAUCUUAUGGCAAAAGGUUUCCCGAUGGUGCGGUUUGUCUCCCAUUUUUGCGUUCUCCGUGAAAGACAUUUUGGAGCUUCACAAAGACAGAUUCAUCAACACAGGGGUGAGACAUGUGGUGCAAGGCAUUAUGAUCAUUUCGAUGUGGUGUUUGUGGCUGGCCCGUAACCGUGCGGUUUUUUCGAACGAGGAGGUUAAGGUCGAUAGUGUUUUUAGCGACGUUAGGUCGUUAGGCUUUUUGUGGUAUUCUCAUAGACGUAAAGGUGUAGUGUUAUCAUGGUUGGAUUGGUGUAAAUUUGUAAAUGUUUAG